AUGCGGGGUAGCUGUUGCCUGAACGCCGGAGCGCUCCCCUCUUGCCGCUCGUCUCGCCCGGCGCAAACCCGGCCGCCGGGCGCACCCGUCCCGUGCGUCCCCGGACGUUGCUCUCUGCCCCGGGAACGUCGAGACUGGAGCGCCCGCGCUGAGCCACCUUCGCUGACCCGGAGCGCUGCGGCUCGACUCACCGCGGAGGCGCCGGGACGCGGGAACCAGGCGAUUUCUCCGCUGCCUGGGGUGGCGGCGUUGGGGGCUGCGCAGCCGGAGAACUUCCCACCAGAGGAAAGGCAGCCUCCUCCCCGCUCUUCUCAGCGGCCCCGCACCGCCCCUCACCACCGUGGGGCUGUCAGCUGUGCCGGUGGAUGUGCUUCUGUUCCUUGGGCUGGCAGGCUACACCUCACACCUUGGGAUUCCAGGACAUCGGACAAGGUGCUCAGGACCAUCUGGCUCCCACAGACGCUAGUGCAGGCCCUGCUGGGAUCCUCCGCAGUGACUAACCUGCACCCAGCACCCCGGAGGAGCCCAAUAAACCUUUGUGAAAUGAGUACCUGCGUGCAGCGUGGGCUAAUUGAAAACUCGUUUCAGGCGAACUUCAAGAUAUUUCAUCCUGCCCUUUUGCGCGCUGGCAGGCAGCUGUGA